UCUACAACUGUGUGUGAGUGAAAGAGUGUGAGCGCCAAGAGACAGCUUAGAGGGACACAGAGGGGAGCGCUCAGCACCUCUGGGACAUUCAAGCGCUCCAGAGGAAACAUUUACGACGGCAGUGAGUGAUCCCCCUUGCACAUACUGGAAGAGCAGCGCACGGCUCCAUAUGAGCCGGCACUCACAGACACACAAGAAAGAGCAGGCACAGGCAGAACUCUGGGAGUGUGGCCACGGGGAGGAAGUUUUCCUCUGUCACCAAGUUCUUUUGAGGCUUAAACGUCGGGAAAAAUCCACGGCAAGGAAAAACAUCAGUAUGAGCAGCUGCAGAAAACGAUGCAAGCGUGAGAUUCUGAAGUUUGCUCAGUACCUCUUCAGACUUAUUACCGGUACACUCAAUGCAGAUAGUGUUGAGGAUGAACUGGAGUUGUCGGCUGUACGGCAUCGACCAGAAUGCCUGGAGCAGCUGGAGGCUCAAACACGCUUCUCUCGCAAAGAGCUUCAAAUCCUUUACCGGGGCUUCAAAAACGAGUGCCCUAGUGGUGUGGUCAAUGAAGAUACAUUUAAGGAUAUUUACAAUCAGUUCUUCCCACAGGGAGAUGCUUCAACAUAUGCGCAUUUUCUGUUUAAUGCAUUCGACACAGACCACAAUGGCUCUGUCAGUUUUGAAGAUUUCGUAAUGGGUCUUUCCAUUCUGUUACGGGGCACUGUUCAGGAGAAGCUUAACUGGGCAUUUAACCUGUAUGAUAUUAAUAAAGAUGGAUAUAUAACAAAAGAGGAAAUGUUAGACAUCAUUAAGUCCAUCUAUGACAUGAUGGGAAAAUGCACAUACCCCAUCCUUAAAGAGGAGACUCCACGACAGCAUGUGGAAAUAUUUUUCCAGAAAAUGGACAAAAACAGGGAUGGAGUGGUCACUAUAGAUGAAUUUAUAGACUGUUGCCAACACGAUGAAAACAUUAUGAGAUCAAUGCAGCUGUUUGAGAAUGUCAUUUAACAUCUGAAUGGACUCUGUUGGCUGGCCAGCUCAUAUAAAACAACAUUUCUACUCCACAAAACCCUGUUGUCCUCGGUGAUACAUGUGUGAUUAUUAGCAGUUCAAUUCAGUGAUUUACCCAUCAACCAUUAA